AUGCUGCGCCCGCUGCUGCUCGCCGCGCUCUGCCUGGCCGGCCGCCCGGCGCCCGCCCGCGCCUGCCAGUUGCCCUCCGAGUGGAGACCCCUGAGCGAGGGCUGCCGCGCCGAGCUGGCCGAGACCAUCGUGUACGCCAAGGUGCUGGCGCUGCACCCCGAGGUGCCCGGCCUCUACAACUACCUGCCCUGGCAGUACCACGCCGGCCAGGGCGGGCUCUUCUACUCGGCCGAGGUGGAGAUGCUGUGCGAUCAGGCGUGGGGCAGCAUGCUGGAGGUGCCCGCCGGCUCCAGGCUCAACCUCAGCGGCCUGGGCUACUUCUCGUGCCACUCCCACACCGUGGUCCAGGACUAUUCCUACUUCUUCUUCCUCAGGAUGGAUGAAAACUAUAACCUCUUGCCCCAUGGAGUCAAUUUCCAAGAUGCCAUCUUUCCGGACACUCAAGAGAACAGAAGAAUGUUUUCCAGCCUCUUCCAGUUUUCAAACUGUUCCCAAGGGCAGCAGCUGGUGACUUUCUCAAGCGACUGGGAGAUCCAGGAGGACAGUCGGCUCAUGUGCUCCUCGGUGCAGAAGGCCCUGUUUGAGGAAGAGGACCACGUCAAGAAGCUGCAGCAGAAGGUGGCCACGUUGGAGAAGCGGAACAAGCAGCUCCGCGAGCGAGUCAAGAAGGUCAAGCGGUCACUGCGGCAGGCGCGCAAGAACGGCCGCCACCUGGAGCUGGUGAACCAGAAGCUGAAUGAGAAGCUGGCCGCGGCCGCCGCGCUGCCGCACAUCAACGCCCUGGGGCGGGAGCCCGCGCGCGCCCCCUACCUGCGCGGGUAG